CAGAAGAAAAUGACGCUCCUCAUUAGCAACGUCACAUUGCGUCCGGAAAAUUAUAAUCAUGGCUGUUGACAAAUCUUAAAAGCAUGUGAAAAAUUAAUGGCUAGUGAAAAUUCAGGCACUUUUAUAUGGCUCGUUAGCUUUAAGAAAUCCUGCAGCGAAAGGUUUGCAAGAUUUCGAAACCGCUUGCGCCAAAGAUACUAUGCAAGACGAGGCAGGACUCUUGACCCAGAAACCUUGUUAAAUGAAACAGGUACUGCCGACAUGGUCGUCGGGAAGAUUGCUGGAAAGUCAAACAAAGCCGUUCCUAAAAAGCUGUCAUCUAAAAAUGACGAUGCCGUAGAUACAGAAAAUACAACAGAUACAGAGAUCACAGCAGACGAAAACACCACAGCAGACGUUAAGGCCACAGCAGACGACAAGAUCACAGCAGACGACAAGACCACAGCAGACGACAAGACCACAGCAGACGUGAAGACCACGGCAUACGACAAGACCGCAGCAGGCGACAAGAUCACAGCAGACGACAAGAUCACAGCAGACGUUAAGUCCACAGCAGACGAGAAGACCACGGCAUACGACAAGACCGCAGCAGGCGACAAGAUCACAGAAGACUAUAAGAUCACAUCAGACGACAAAAGCACGGCAGACGACAGACUUGUUGAAGAAUAUGUAUCGUGCAUCAUUGAUAAAGCAGCAGACAGUCUGAGACAGGAGUUGCCUAGCAACACAACGACCGUAACAGUGAAGCCAGCAGACGACAUCAUUUCAUUGUCAUCCAGUAUCAUCAGCCAAAUUGCUGAUAUGGCUGUAACGGAGAGCUUGUUAAAUAUUGUGACAGAUGCCGACAUCAACCAAUCUGCUAUUACAGCUGCUAGAACAGAUACUAGAACUAUCAAAGAAUCCAAAGUUUCAGAGUACAAGAAGAAGAAAGAAGCUGCGUGCGUGUGUCUGUCUGUGUGUGUUUAUUUGUUUUGUUGUCUGUUUGUUUUGUUUUGUGUGUUUUUGUUCAGUUUGUGUGUUUUAUGUUUUCUUUUGCUUUACUUGUUUGUUUUUUAUCUUAUUCGUUUUUUCAUGUUGUGCAUAGGCUUCAACUUAAUUUUCAAAGUAUUAUCGUCAUAAAAUUGUUCAUGAAUAUAAUUGUUACUAAUAAAGUCUAUUGGAAGAUA